AUGGAUUCCGGUCGUGAGAAAUCCAAAAAAUGGGUUCAACUCAAAGAAGAAACCAUCGAGGCGGAGGUGUUUCGUAAGAUUACCGAAGGUCUAUGGGGUUGCUUCUGUACGGCGUCUGUUUCAUAUGAUCACAAAGCAAUCGCCAUUAAUGGCGAAAGAAGGAUUCUUAUUUCUGGAUCCAUUCAUUACCCACGAAGUACCCCCGAGAUGUGGCCAGAUCUCAUUCAGAAGGCUAAAGAAGGAGGUCUGGAUGUGAUUCAGACUUACGUUUUCUGGAAUGGGCAUGAACCACAACCUGGCAAAUAUUAUUUUGAAGAAAGAUAUGAUCUGGUUAAGUUCAUUAAGUUAAUUCAUGAAGCUGGACUGUAUGCUCAUCUCAGAAUUGGCCCUUACGCUUGUGCUGAAUGGAACUUUGGGGGAUUUCCUGUUUGGUUGAAGUAUGUGCCAGGAAUUAGUUUUAGAACAGAUAAUGCUCCUUUCAAGGCUGCUAUGGAAAAAUUCACAACUUAUAUAGUAAAUUUGAUGAAAUCAGAAAAUUUAUAUGAGAAUCAAGGUGGCCCAAUCAUUUUAUCUCAGAUUGAAAACGAAUAUGGGCCAAUGGAGUAUGAAUAUGGAGCCCCGGCCCGAUCCUAUUCAAAAUGGGCAGCCCAAAUGGCUGUGGGUUUGGACACUGGGGUCCCAUGGGUCAUGUGCAAGCAAGAUGAUGCCCCGGAUCCCAUUAUCAACACUUGCAAUGGUUUUUACUGUGAUUACUUCACUCCUAAUAGAUAUUUCAAACCCAAAAUGUGGACCGAAGCAUGGACAGGAUGGUUCACUGAGUUUGGAGGAGCAGUUCCAUAUAGACCAGCUGAAGAUUUGGCGUUUUCUGUUGCUAAGUUUAUUCAAACUGGUGGAUCUUUCAUUAAUUAUUACAUGUAUCAUGGAGGAACAAAUUUUGGUAGGACUGCAGGUGGUCCGUUUGUUGCAACAAGCUAUGACUACGAUGCCCCUUUGGAUGAAUUUGGACUAAAAAGGGAAGCUAAAUGGGGACAUUUAAAAGAUUUACACAGAGCAAUAAAACUAUGCGAACCUGCUAUAGUAAAUGGAGAAUCUUCUGCUAUCUCACUAGGGAACUAUCAAAAGGCAUAUGUUUACAAGACCAAAUCCGGAGACUGUGCUGCUUUCCUUGCAAACGACGACAAAUCUGCUUACGCAAAAGUUAAUUUCCAUAAUCAGCAUUACAAUCUGCCUCCAUGGUCCGUUAGCAUCCUUCCCGAUUGCAAGAACACUGUUUACAAUACAGCACGGGUGGGAGCGCAGACGACAUUGAUGAAAAUGACACGAGAGCCGAUUGGAUUUGCUUGGCAAUCGUAUAACGAUGAGACGGAAUAUUACGAUGAUAAUACGUUUGGAACGAUUGGAUUAUUGGAGCAAUUGAAUGUAACUCGAGAUUCUUCUGAUUAUUUAUGGUACAUGACUGAUGUCAAAAUUGACUCCGACGAAGGGUUCUUGAGAAACGGAAAACAGCCGACGUUCACCGCCUUAUCCGCCGGUCACGCUUUGCACGUUUUCAUCAACGGUCAACUUUCAGGAACUGUGUAUGGAAGUCUAGAAAACCCUAAAAUAACUUUCAAUAAUGUUGUAAAUCUAAGAGCUGGUAUUAACAAGAUUUCGCUUUUAAGUAUUGCCGUUGGUCUUCCGAACAUUGGACCACAUUUCGAGACAUGGAACGCAGGUGUUUUGGGUCCGGUGAUGAUUUCAGGUCUAAACGAAGGGAAGAGAGACUUAUCAUGGCAGAAAUGGUCUUAUAAAAUCGGGCUUAAAGGCGAAAUUUUAAGUCUUCACUCACUCGGUGGUAGUUCAUCUGUUGAAUGGGUUCAAGGUUCUUUAGUCGCCCAAAAACAACCACUAGCAUGGUACAAGACAAAUUUCGAUGCUCCGGAUGGUGAUGAACCUUUAGCAUUAGACAUGAACAGCAUGGGGAAAGGUCAAGUUUGGGUCAACGGACAAAGCAUUGGUCGUUAUUGGCCUGCUUACAAGGCGAUUGGCUCUUGUUCCACUUGUAAUUAUGCCGGUUAUUUUGACGAGAAAAAAUGCCUUAGCAAUUGCGGUGAAGCUUCACAGAGAUGGUAUCAUGUACCUCGAUCUUGGCUAAAGCCUAGAGGAAACCUAUUGGUUGUUUUUGAAGAAUUGGGAGGAAUCCCAUACGGGAUAUCAUUAGUGAAACGUGAAAUAUACAGUGUGUGUGCGGAUAUCUAUGAAUGGCAACCAUCGUUGAAGAAUUACCAGAUGCAAGUUUCUGGAAACGCCACGAAGCCAUUGAGACCGAAGGCACAUCUUUCGUGCAACCCGGGUCAGAAAAUUUCCUCCAUCAAGUUUGCUAGCUUUGGCACCCCGGAAGGUGGUUGUGGUAGCUUCCGAGAGGGUGGUUGCCAUGCCCAUGACUCCUACGACACCUUUAAUAAGCUUUGCAUAGGGCAAGAAUCAUGUGCGGUGGCGGUUACGCCGGAGAAUUUUGGAGGCGAUCCGUGUCCGAGUGUGAUGAAGAAGUUAUCUGUGGAGGCGAUUUGCGGCUGAUGGAUUUAUAGUGUAGAAAAGCUUCAGACCGGACUAGAUUUGGUCUGAAGCUUUUCUGAUUCUUUAUUUAUGAUUUAUUAAAAGAUUUACGCAUGUUCUGAUCUUCAGAAUAGCAGUUAGGAAUGUAUUAAAGAUGAUGAUCAUGAUAGGUGCUUUUGCGAAAGGUGAAGUUGUACAGAUAUGCAACACACCAUUUUGGUCCAAAAGCAUUAGAUUUUGAAGAUUUGUGUAUAUAGAUCGGAAAAGAAAAGUUUGAUUAUGGAUAUGGGUUCCAGAAUCUUUCAUAAAAAUAGCUUAUUUUUAAUGUACUAUUAGAGAAAGUGUAAAAGGU